CUAUAAGCAGGACCCAUGGCUCAUGUGUCAGAUGGGUUCAUUCCAGCUGCACUCACUGGCUGCCACAGCAGAUUUACCUCUGUGCAGCAGGGAGCAGGAGCUGAACCUCCCCUGUGCAUAAAAACAAAGCACUCUUUGGACAUGGCCGGCAAGAUCCAGAGUCUGAAUGAGGAGGAGAGGGCCCACCUACUCCCUCUACUGCGCAAUGCUCAGUGGGUGGAGGUUGUGGGACGAGACGCCAUUUACAAAGAGUUUAUUUUUAAAGACUUCAAUCAGGCUUUUGGUUUCAUGUCCAGAGUGGCCUUACAAGCAGAGAAGAUGGACCAUCAUCCUGAGUGGUUUAACAUAUAUAAUAAGGUCCAGAUCACUCUCAGCACACAUGACUGUGGAGGAUUGUCCCAGAGAGACAUCACUUUGGCCACCUUCAUUGACCAAGCUUCUCUGGUGUGAGCAACCUGCUUUCAGCUACUUCAGCAGUGGAAAGUGAAGCUCUGGAAGCCGUAAUUCUUCAAACACGAAUUCAACUGAGAAACUUCAACAUGACUUCCAAAGUCCAAAGAAUAUGAACCAGUUACUCAAAGUUCAUUAAGAAAAAUGUUGCCAUCCUGUAGGUGGAAAAAAAAAGAAAAAUGUUUACAAAUUUAAGAUUUAAAGAAAUUUCCCCGGCAACCAUUCCAGGUGUAAUAACCAAAUGCGUUCAGCUGUGUUUGUGUUCUGUACCAGUGAAGGUCUUAUGUGGCAGAUGUUUUUUGUACUGUUAGUAAAAAAAAAAUGUAUUUUGUGUCAAACUGUCGUUGAUGAAAAAUGACCAGGAAAUGAUUUAAUCAGACUGAACAAGUUUUAUUGAAAAAUACAGUAGAGGCAUAAGCCGUGUCCAGCCAGGCUUUGUUUGGGUUAACAGUGUAUGCUGUGGAUAUAAGAAAAAAACCAUCUGAUGUGUCUUAACUUAGAAUCAGGGCAUUUAUUACAGAAAUCUAUUAAUACUUUAAUAUGAUACAUUCAGAGCCAUGUCUUGAACAUGACAGGGCGAAUGUCAAAACAGAUCUUAGAUCCAGUGCUUUUAAAAUAAAAUCUAAAAAGGACUUAAUGUUAAACCUAAAGUUAUUACGAAGCCAAUCACUCAUCACUCUGGGGAAAAAAAAGUCAUCUUGAAUCCAAACACUAAUUGCAACAAGUUGUCCCCAAACAGGAAUAAAAGACAGGCUUUUAUAUUUCCUGUGUAAUGGGAGAAUAAAUGUUACUGCUUAAGAGAAAAAUUUAUUGUACAAGUCUUUAUUUAAAACAAUCUUUGUGGCCAUUAAACCAACAAAACUUUCUAAGUUAAGUGACUCAUUGCUAAAAGCCACUAUGAUCCUUGUAUUUCAGACUGAUCGAAUAGAUGAUUAAAUCAUUAUCAGGGAUGAAUAAGUAUUUUAACCAGGCACUGGCAAAAA